CACCGGCUUCCGGCGUCGCGGGGCAAGAAAUGGACUUAAGCGCAUCCGGGUCAUCGAGUGACCUUGAACGCUUUAGGUAGAGAUGGCGCUGGCGGCGGUAACGGUGAGGCGCCUGAACUUUUGGAACUGCGCCCUAGGGGGCCGAGCCCUGCUCCUCGGUGCCCGCGUGAUCAGACCCGCCUUUGUCUUAGGGUCUCCGCCUGACCGACCUGCCUCUGCCUCCGAAGGACGGCACAUUCACCUGACCGCCAGCCGCUGGUCUGACUCUAAGGCUGCAUCUCUGCAUUGGACUAGUGAGAGAGCUGUCAGUGUCUUGUUGCUGGGCCUGCUCCCAGCUGCCUAUCUGUGCCCUGGCUCUAUGGUGGACUACUCACUGGCUGCAGUCCUCACCCUCCAUAGUCACUGGGGUCUUGGACAGGUUAUCACUGACUAUGUCCAUGAAGACAAAUUGGUGAAAGGAGCCAAUGCAGGUCUUUUGGUGCUCUCAGCCCUGACCUUUGCAGGACUCUGCUAUUUCAACUAUCAUGAUGUGGGCAUCUGCAGAGCUGUUACCUUGCUGUGGAGACUCUGACCUCCCUGGAAAAGAAAUUAUACACCCAUUGCCUCUGCUCUAUCACUUUAUUAACCAAUGAAAUUCAAUGAAGUUCACUGAUGAGACCUUCCUUGUUCUCCAGUCAGGCACACAGUUGUUUCAACAAUUGGUCUCUGUGAGGAAUAUAAUCCAAGAAGGAUUAGAUUAAGAAAACUGUGAGAUAAUUAGCUUGUGUUCCAAGUUCUAAUGAGUCACUAAGUUGUCUCAGGAUCUCACUGGGUUUGUAUUGGGCUUGUAAGCUGCCACAUUUCAUUUUGCUGAUCUCUUAAGAAUUCAGUUAUUCAUCAUUCUCUUGUGACUGGAUUUAUCCAGCAGCCCUGUCCCUCUUAUAAUGCGUCUUGUUCUUGGGAGUACUGGACAUUUUGUUAAUUCAUAUAAUAAAAUAUUUGAAAGAAAA